GUCACUAUGUCUGGGCGAGGUAAAGGUGGUAAAGGGCUCGGGAAAGGAGGUGCCAAGCGCCAUCGGAAGGUGCUGCGUGAUAACAUCCAGGGCAUCACUAAACCCGCUAUUCGCCGCCUGGCUCGUCGUGGUGGAGUCAAGCGGAUCUCCGGGCUGAUCUACGAGGAGACCCGCGGGGUGCUCAAGGUUUUCCUGGAGAACGUGAUCCGCGACGCCGUCACCUACACGGAGCACGCCAAGAGGAAGACCGUCACCGCCAUGGAUGUGGUCUACGCCCUCAAGCGCCAAGGUCGUACUCUCUACGGCUUCGGUGGUUAAG